UAUUUGAGUGAUUUUCCCUUUCCUUGUCUGGCUUCCCUUUCUCCACUCUCUGGCACCGUCGCAGUCUGUAUCUCUCGCUUCUUAGUAUUGUCGGCAGUAGCAGGUGGAGGUGGUGGAGAACCGAUACCUAAAGGGAAGAAGUUCUAAACUAAAAUAUCUGGGCUGAUUUUGAGAGUAUAUGUUGAUUUAGACCAAUUUGCAGAAAUGUUUUAUCUUAGCGAGCUUGAGCAUACAUUACGAGUGCCUCCGCAUCUCCUUAACCUCCCUGUUGAAGAUGCUAUCAAGUCUGUGCUUGAAAGUAUUUUCUUGGAUAAGGUUGUUGCGAAGUUAGGACUUUGCGUAUCUGUGUACGACAUUCAAUCAAUAAAAGGAGGAUUUGUAUUUCCAGGGGAUGGGGCAGCGUCCUAUACGGUGGUUUUUAGAAUGGUUGUGUUUCGUCCAUUUGUUGGUGAGAUCAUAGUUGCCAAGCUUAAAGAAUCUGAUGCCGAUGGCUUGCGCUUAACGCUUGGGUUCUUUGAGGAUAUUUAUGUACCGUCCCCCCUUUUGCCAGCACCAAACCGCUUUGAGGCUGAUCCUUGUAAUAGGAAUCAAAUGAGAUGGGUGUGGGAGUAUGACGGUCAAGACUAUGUUAUUGAUGACUCCUUUAAGAUCAAGUUUCGGGUGGAGAAUGUUACCUAUCCAGCGGUUCCCAUAGAGAGACCGGAGCAAUCAAAGCCGUUUGCUCCUAUGGUGAUCACUGGGUUGAUUGAUGGUGAUGGGUUGGGACCUGUGUCGUGGUGGGAUUCAUAUGAUGAGCUUGGUGGUGAUGCUGAGGAAGAGUAGUAGUCGAGAAGCAAGAAGCAUCAUCACCCCAGAAACGAACCACCAAUUUUGUGAGUCUCCCCCAAUUUGAGAUUUAGUUACAAUUUCAUAGGUUAGAAACAUACAUAAGCAGCAGUGAACAUAUCUCUGUACACACACACACACACCGUGUAUGGCUCUAACUCGCUAUAGUCUUAUGUUUUGUUGUCUUAGCUACAUCAUUGAGUCACAAUAUAAAGAAAGUACAAAAAUAGUUUUGAAAAUUAA